UCUGAUCGUUGCUAAACCUUUUGUUUUAUAAAGCUUUCUUUACAACAAGUGAUAAAGCUUGAAAAGUUAUCAUCACAAGCAUUCUGGCAUGAGGUUUCCAAUGCGUUCUUCCCCAUGGAUUCCCUUUUUACUUUUCUUUCUUUCAAGCUCUGUCACUGCUUUCCAGUUUAGAAUGCCAAGGCUUAGUCCUAUUGGUGAAAAGUUUCUAUAUCAUUCUAAAGCUCUGGAAUUACCUCCUUCUGAUGAUUUCAAGACAUUUUAUUACAAUCAAACAAUUGAUCAUUUCAACUACAGGCCUGAAAGCUACACAACAUUUCCCCAGAGAUAUAUAAUCAACUUCAAGCACUGGGGUGGUGCAAAUUCGAGCGCUCCAAUUCUUGCUUACUUGGGUGCCGAAGCACCAAUAGAUGCUGCUAUGAAUGGGAUUGGGUUUAUGACAGAUAAUGCCGUCAAAUUCAAUGCUCUUCUUGUUUAUAUUGAGCAUCGGUACUAUGGAAAAUCAAUACCAUUCGGAUCAAGGAAAGAAGCACUAAGAAAUGCCAGCACUCUUGGAUUUUUUAACUCAGCGCAAGCAAUAGCGGAUUAUGCAGCCAUUCUUAUUCAUGUAAAAAAGGAGUUUAAUGCCAAGUAUUCACCUGUGAUUGUUAUUGGUGGAUCAUAUGGAGGAAUGUUGGCUACAUGGUUUCGUCUUAAAUAUCCUCAUGUGGCACUAGGAGCUCUUGCAUCUUCCGCUCCAAUUCUUUACUUCGAUGAUAUCACACCGCAAAAUGGAUACUAUGCCGUUGUCACCAAGGAUUUUAGAGAAGUUAGUCAGACUUGCUAUGAAACUAUUAGGGAGUCAUGGUCUGAAAUAGAAGCAGUUGCCUCUCAACCCAAUGGCCUUUCCAUUCUUGACAAAGAGUUCAAAACAUGCAGUCCUUUAAGAAGUUCCACACAGCUAGAAAACUACUUGUGGUCCAUGUAUGCAAGUGCAUCCCAAUACAACCACCCACCAAGAUAUCCAGUCACCAGGAUAUGUGGUGCCAUUGAUCGAACUUAUUCUGGAAAUGGAACAGUUAGCAAAAUAGCUGCAGGUGUCUUUGCUUAUAGAGGAAAACUCUCCUGUUAUAUUAAUGAGCCUAGAAAUGCAACUGAAACUGAUGUAGGAUGGCAAUGGCAGAGAUGCAGUGAGAUGGUGAUGCCAAUAAGCACAGACAAUGAUACUAUGUUUCCACCACACACGUUUGAUCUCGAAAGCUUCAUCAUUUACUGCAAUCGAUUAUAUGGUGUUCCUCCUAGGCCUCAUUGGGUUACCACCUAUUAUGGAGGCCAUGAUAUACAUCUCAUCCUUCAGAGAUUUGCUAGUAACAUUAUCUUUUCCAAUGGACUCAAAGAUCCGUAUAGCAUUGGCGGGGUAUUACACAAUAUUUCAGACAGUCUCCCAGCAGUGUAUACAACUAAUGGGUCUCAUUGCUUAGACAUCCUAAGUGCAAAUAAAAUGGAUCCGGAAUGGUUGGUUACACAAAGGAAGAUGGAGAUGAAAGCUCUACAACUUUCUUGCCUGCAAUCAAAUCAAGUAAACCAUUUCACUGGCUUCAACGUGGUGCUUAUGGUCAGUGGAUGA